AUGGGUAAACGCAAGAAGUCGUCCAACAAGCCCCAGGGCCCCAAGAAACGCGAACCCCUCGCCACCACAUUUACCUGUCUCUUCUGCAAUCACGAGAAAUCCAUCACGGUCAAGAUGGACAAGAAAGCCGGUGUCGGCAACUUGCACUGCAGAGUCUGUGGACAACGCUUUCAAACCGGCAUCAACUACCUCUCCGCCCACGUCGACGUAUACUCAGACUGGAUUGAUGCGUGUGAAAACGUCGCUCAGGAAGCCGCUGCCCGGGAAGCUGAGGACCAGCAGUUCAGCAGUUAUGCUACGGAGAGACAUGGAGGGGUUGCCACUGCGGGAGGCGGGGAUGACGAAGAAGAAGCAGACGCCGAUUAUGAUGGUUAUUGA